AUGAAAGAAUGUUUGAAUGACUAUAUGAAGCAAUGCUCGACCAAGCAUGACCUUUUAGAAGCAUUGAAAUCUCCGUCACGAACAAUUUAUGUAACUGUCUUUCAAGGAUCUGUUUUAGACACAAUAGAAUCAAUUUUAUCACUAGCAAGAAACUCCAUCGAGCAUCAUCAGCAACCGAUUAAAUUCAUUUUGGGAGGCUCAGCGAAACCACUAUUGUUCCCCAGCUUGAAUGACCCUAAUUCCACUAAUAAAAUUUCAGUUCUCCUUACACUGCUACGUACCAUCCAUAAAUGCUUGGAGGAAAAGGAGGUGAGAACGAUACGAGACAUCUACUAUUCCAAUGUUGAGUUAUAUAGAAAUCAAAAGAAAGUAGAUUAUUGGCUUUCGACAAUUGUGAGGAGCUUCCAUUUACCAUCAAAAGAGUAUCUCAAUAUUGUUCCCGCGCAGAAAGGCUUAUGCUACACAACUUUAGGGAUUAAUGUGGAAACUGACGACAUGCAGAGCGCAAUAAUGAAAGAUUCCUCUGUGUUGAUCCCGCACUUGAAGCAAAACUCUAAACUGACACUAGUUGAAUAUACAGAUACAAGACUGGCACUCAUUGUGCUCGAGAAAGAGGCAGUCUACAAUAAACUGGUGGAUGCCUAUAGUAAAGAGCUCCAGCCACAUAACGUUAUAAUUGUUACCGGAAAGGGCUAUCCAGAUUUUUUGACAAGGCUUUUCUUAAAUAAACUUCAAUCGUUUGCAUCCUGUAUCAAAAGUUGGAGCAUUUAUACAGACGCAGAUCCUCAUGGUAUUGACAUCGCAUUGAAAUAUAUGGAAAACGAUCACAAUCCUCUCUACAAAUGUGAUCUCCUUGAAUACAGAGGUGUCCGUUUAUGUCAACUGCUGAGGCACAAAGACGUGCAAUUUUUGGAACUUUCGCAAAGAGAUGUUUCACUAGCAAUCAAAUUACUUGAUAGGCUUACCGAUAGCACUCACUGUGAGAGCCAUUUAUUUUUAAUUGAGCUUCAGAGACAACUAUUUUACUAUAAAAAGGCAGAGAUGAACGCCAUAGACAAGGAUCACUUCUUUUCACAUUAA